AUGAAGGUUCGAACAUUUGAAUAUGAUCCUCUUCCGACCCCAACAUCAAUCCGGGUAGUCUCGCUCCUCCACGGCGAGUCCGACAUUACCGUGUUUGGAGUACCCCUUAUCCCAUUAUCUAUACAAGUCGUCGACCUCAACGACAACCCGCGCUUCCAGGCUUUGUCAUAUACCUGGGGAUCACCAUUUCCACCAGACCACGAGAGAUCCAAGGAUUACGGUCCAAGGAACAAGUUCCCGGUCGCGAUCAACGGACAAAUAUCCUUCUUGACUAGGAAUCUGUUCGAGUUUCUGCAGCGUCUGAAGACUCAAGAAUUGUAUGUCGAUCGGCGUACCGAACCAUAUAACAAAACCCGCCUGAUUGAGGCAGCCGAAGCUGGCAACGCGAAUGAUAUCUAUUUUUGGAUGGCCCGAGGCGCAGACUUGGCGGCGCAAGAUAUGUUUGGAGAAACAGCUCUACAUUAUGCCGCUGAGAAUGGCUAUUUCGACGUCGUCAAGAUACUCGUGGAGGCUGGUUCGGAUCUGCAUCGACGGGACUCCUCGGGGCGGACUCCUCUUGACUGUGCUAAGAUGCGUAAGCGUCGAAAAUACGCUGAGGUCAUCGAAUACUUAGAGAGACCUGAUAUCAACCACAUAGUUGGGAGUAGGCCACGACCACUCUCUCCGAUGGACAGUCAGCAAUUCUGGAUUGAUGCGAUAUGUAUUAAUCAGGAUGAUAUUGUGGAGCGCAACGCACAAGUAGCCAUCAUGUCCAUGAUCUAUACGAAAUCGUCGGGGGUAUUCGUCUGGCUGGGCGUGGAUGAUGAGAGUACUAUGCGUGCCUUUGAAGCCACGCAUCUUCCAUCUCAAGAAGGCAUGGACAUGUGGUACAACGAUGUGUUGAACAAUCAUGUUAUGGAAGACCCAGAGACACGCGUCGCUAAGAAGGGAUCAGAUGAGCCUGCCCUGAAGUAUCAGGCCGUUGUAAAUUUGUUUCGACGAAGCUGGUUCCAGCGCGUGUGGAUCAUUCAAGAGAUCGCCUUGGCGAAGCAGAUUCGGAUUUUCUGCGGUCACGUCGAGUUCGAAUAUCACAAGCUCUUUAUUCUGUUUCACAAUCCGAACUUCACCUCUCGGGUUAACAGCCGGUCUCUGGCCCAAGCCCUUGAAUUGGCCCGGUGGAGGGGCAUUGGAGGGAGUGAGCUGAGUACGUUGACUGAUAUUCGACUCCGGACAUCAAAACACGUCUUCGAACGAACUGUGAUAGAUGAGUACGUGAAGAAGAAUGACAUCACGCUGGUUCCCACAUGGGAGCACAAACUGAGUCUUUCGCUGUUGGCUAGUAAGGUUUGGUCGUUUCGAGCGACUGACCCAAGAGACAAAGUCUUUGCUUUAAUAGGUCUAUCUCGGCUGCCGGACGACCCUCUAAAGAGGAUGGUUGCCGAUUACUCCAAGACUACGUCGGAAGUAUUCAUUCAGUUUGCCCACAUAUUCAUGCAAGGCGCCUCCGAUGAGCCUCUCCAGACAUGGCACACAGGGGAGUGUGAGGUUUUCGAAUGUCUUGAAGGACUCUCCUUCGUGCAGGAAAGUCCGGAUCUCUCUCGCAGUUUCGAUGGUCAGGACUUGCCAUCGUGGAUCCCCAACUUCACUGCUCCUCUUAUAACAACACGGCUGUGGUCACCACGCUUCCGCGCAGGUGUUAGCCCCAAUACCCCAGCUGUGAUUCUCCCCGACGACGGCACUCAUACUCUUCGGCUAAAUGGUGCUUUCCACGAUGAGAUAGUUAGUGUAGAACCACAAAUUGGCACAUUAACAGCUACACAUUUCCAUCCACCAAGUUGGCUAAAACUAAUCUCCUCUCUGGAGAAGACCUACCUCCCUACAGGGGAGAAUCGCGUUGAGGCACUUUGGCGGACCUUGAUGACCAACAAGCUCUCUUCAACCGCGGACAAUCCAGUUCACGAUGCCCGGUCCUCCUUUCACUAUUUUAUGCUAAGGGCCCUGUGGAGUCUCACGCAUAUAUCGGAUGAAGAUACCAUCGCUAACCUCAAUCUCAUCCGCGAAACCGACGACAACAACACAUUGCCAACUUGGGAGGAAAUACAACAAUACGGGGAGAAGGAUGAGAUGGGAAAACCCCGGGGAAUAGUCAGGAUCGACGACCGCGACUUUGACCAAACAUUCGUCCAUUUCUAUCGAGGACGGCUGCUUUAUCGUACUAAACGGGGGUACCUUGGGCUUGGUCCAUGGUCUGUACGACCUGGGGAUGAGGUAUGGGUGAUUUCCGGGGCACGAACACCGUUUGUUUUGAGGAAAUCCUCGAGCGAUGAUUCUUCGGAUACUGAAGAACGAAGUUUGGUCGGGGAAACAUAUGUCCAUGGGACUAUGGAUGGAGAAGCGAUUUCUGGCGGUCAGUUGUUUCAGCCUAUCUCACUUGUGUAG